CCGAGUUCUGGACAUGAAAACGACACAGAUGUCUUGACAUGGUAUGACGUACGAAACAGAGACCCUGUGCCACCCUACCAAGUCACGGAGAAGCAACAGUACCCAUUCUCCCGCGGCUCUCGCUCCAAGCGUCAGGCCAGUCAAUCACGGGAGUUCGUUAUAGGGGAGGAAACGGACUGUGAGUUGAACAGAGAAGAUUUUUGCAACGGACCACUGAAACCAGGCACAACUUACAGAGCCAAACUGAGAGCAUUUACAGAGAAUGGCUGGUAUGCUGAUAGUUCCUACUCUGAACCACUGAAGACUACAGGAGAAACGCAGCCCCCGAGGCCGAUGGCCCUCGCCAUUGGAGUGGGGACAGCAGGAGGUGUGGUCCUUCUGAUCCUGAUCAUUCUAACAGCAGUAGUGUGCCUGAAACAGAGGAGGAACAGGCGACAGGAGAUGGUGGUGGUCCCUCCGCAGGCACUCCUGGACAUCCACCUUCCGGCCAGCGAACAGCAGAUGGUGGAGACGUCUUCACGGCCGAUCUACAAGACAGAGUUUGUGGAGCACAUGGAGAAGAUGUCAGAAGAGAACCAGUACUGGAUGGAGGAUGAGUACAGCAGCUUGAGGAAUGUUGGGCGGGACCAGAGGAUCACUGCUGCUCAUCUGUCUGUUAACUCUUCCAAGAACAGAUACACCAACAUUCUGCCAUAUGACCACUCCCGAGUGGAGCUCCAUCCCUUAGAAGAGGAUGAGAACAGUGACUACAUCAAUGCCAACUACAUCCCUGGUUACAGGUAUGAGCGGGAGUUUAUUGCGACCCAGGGCCCUGUGCCGUUCACGGUGCCUGACUUCUGGAGGAUGGUGUGGGAACAGAACAGCCGAGUCCUGGUCAUGCUCACACAGUGCUGGGAGAGGGGAAAGCCCAAGUGUGAGCGUUACUGGCCGGAGGAUGAGGAGCCUGUGUUCUACGGAGACAUUGUCGUCAAGAUGCUGUCUGAAAACACAGAGGACGACUGGACAUGCAGGGAGUUCGAGCUGGCCAAUAACAGCCACAGUAGGUGUGUCCGUCAGUACCAGUUCACCAGCUGGCCUGACCAUGGUGUUCCUGAGGACACCUCAGCCAGUCUGCAGUUUGUCAGGAUGGUCAGGAGGAACAUCGGAGAGAGCGCCGGGCCGACUGUGGUCCACUGCAGUGCUGGUGUAGGCAGGACCGGUACCUUCAUUGCGCUGGACCGGCUGCUGCAGCACAUGGACGACCAUGAGCAGGUGGACAUCUUCGGCAUUGUUCACCAAAUGAGGAUGUAUCGAGUCUUCAUGGUGCAGACACAGGAGCAGUACAUCUUCAUCCACCAGUGCAUCAUGGACCUCCUGCAGGAGAGUACUCCCGUCAAGCGUCGCUCCACGAUCAAGCGGGUCCAGUUUGCCGAGGCUGAGGAUGAGGAGGUAGAUCUGGACGACAUCAACUUUGCCGAGUCAACGGAGUAUCUGGUCGCUCCUGAUGCCAACUCUGCUCUGUGAUCUUCUGUAUUUGUAUAACCGUCCUUUGGUGUAACACUGUGCAGCUGGUGUGUUAUGCUGGCUAUAUUGAUACAGACACACCAGUUUCUGUGUCUGUAUACUAGUAGCUGGUAUAACUGCCCUUCAGCAGAGCCAAGCUUGGUGUAACACACCAGCGUCUGUAACUAUAAUAUUAUCUGACAGUGCAUGGCCAGUAUACAUGUAUCCGGUAAAACUGCCCUUUUGGCAUCAAAUUUGUAUUGGUUUUGUAGAAAAGUAGCAUUACCGGUAAGAAGGCACCUUACAUUUCAAACUUGGUAAGGCAGUCUAGUAUUCUGCCAAUCUAUCCAAGUGUCUUUGAUUUAAAGAAUAGACACAAGAAACUUGUAUUCUUGUUGUUUAUUUUUUCUGCCAUGUGUAUUGCUUCAAUGAAAUGUACGUUUUAUCAAUUUUGUAGUCUAGGAUCUAAAGAGUGUGGCAUUGGAUGAAAUGUAGAAUUUUUAUAUUAUUAUUAUUAUUCACUGAAAAAACUCAGAAAUAAGUAUUUUUUCUACCUUACACUGGCUUUUUUCUACUAGGAUUAUAGAUACCCUCUUUGUUUUAGCAUUUUCUUGAAAAUGUACAUUUUCAAUGUUUUAUCUUGUACAAAAAUUUAGUUUUAAUUUGCCAAAAUCAGAAAUCUCCACUGAAUGGCCACUGUGGAUGGUCAUCACACCUAAAAUAAAGAAA